AGAGGCUCUUGGGGGCUAUAAGAUCCCCAACCUCAUCUGGUUUCUCAGAGCCUCCAGUCAGUUUUCUCCAAACACUCACACACACAGAUUCACACACACACAUACACACACACACACACACACACACACACACACACACACACCCACACCCACACCCACCCACACACACACAGAGGCAUGAUUUGGUCCGGAGUUCUUAACUGUUCAGAUUUCUCUUAGAGGGGUCGAGAAGACUUGGACUUUAGCCAAAGGAGGCACUGAAGACCGUUAUACUUCUCGGACUGGACGCCCAAUCCCUCACAGCUGACCUCCGAAAACUAAAAGGAGGGAAUUGAAAUUGUGACGCACCCAGUUCCAUGAUGGGGAUCCCGAAUGACCUCUCCCUUUUCAACUCCACCUCCCCCCCCCCAUAUCCAGCGACAGAGAUCUAUCUCAACACCUCCGUGGCGUCCUCUGCUCCCCCAUGCACAGACUGGCCUCCUGUCCCCAUGACGACGGUCAUCCCGGCCAUCUACAGCGUCAUCUGCGUGCUGGGAACCGUAGCCAACGCCCUGGCGGUGUGGGUGCUGGCGCACGCCAGCGCCUCGAGGAGAACGGUAGCGAACACUUUCAUGCUGAACCUGUGUGUGUCUGACCUGCUGUUCCUGCUGUCCCUCCCGCUGUGGGCCGUCUACUACUCCCAGGGCUACAGCUGGCCCUUCGGCCAGGUCGCCUGCAAAGUAUGCGGCGCUCUCCACAACCUCAACCUCUACGCGUCUAUCUUCUUCAUCACAUGCAUGAGCGUGGACCGUUACCUGGCCAUUGUGCGCCCACUCCGCUCCCAGAGUGCACGAUACCCCAAGCGGGCCCGGCUCACGUGCAUCCUGGUGUGGGUGCUGGCAUGUGCUUGCUCGACCCCGACGUUGUAUCUGAGGGACACUUACUUCAUGGAGGAGCUGGGCGUGGUGGCCUGUGUGAUUAACUACCCGGAUCAUACCUGGUACCUGACCCUGGUCUGGAUGAAGAUUGGUCUGGCCUUCCUGCUGCCGAUGCUUGUCAUCUCUUGUUGUUACUGGGCUAUCGGUAGACAUUUGUUGGCGGACACAGAGCUGGGAAGAAUGCAGAAUCUGUCGCAACGCACCAACAUGACCUCCUUUAAAUUACUGGAGCCAAAGGAGGGCUGCAGUAAACCAGAGAGACCACCGACCCCUUCUGUGUGCCCCAGCUCCAACCGCAGCAGAACCCAGGAGGGCAGGGGGCUGGAGCGGGUGUUGUGGACGGUAGCUGCUGUGGUCGUGUCCUUCUUCGUCUGCUGGUUCCCCUUUCACUGUGUGACUUUCUUGGACGUGCUGAGGAGCGACGGCUGGCUGGACAGCUGCAGGAUGAACUGGACCAUCCACACCCUCACCCCUCUGGCCCUUUGCUUGGGCUUCUCCAACUCAGCCAUCAACCCCGUGCUCUACUGCUUCAUUGGAAACCAUUUCCGGGGCCGUCUCGGGGGGCUCUGCAAGGGCCUGUGUGCUGGUCUGGAGGCCCGUGUGGGAGAUCACAGCCAGAAGAGCGGCUCCUUCAGCACCAGGCUGAGCUCCUUCUCUCGAAAACUCAGUGACCUGAAAGACCUGGCGGUUGUGGAGCCCUCUGGUCCUGCCUAACCAGCCCUGCAGAGGGGAGGCUCUUUGCUCCCUCCUCUGGUUCAACAGCCCGAAGAGUGAUGCAAACGUUGAGUGCCUGCGGAACUCCAAUAAGCAUGGAUGGGUGUGAGACAGAGCUGUUACUAAAACUAAUAUUUCCAGCAGAGCUCAAUGCUCAACAAAGACAGAAAAAGUGACAAAAGAAAACAUGAAGUUAAGGG